UGCCACCCAUUCUUACGCAACACGAGCCGAGCUCCCGCGGGCCACCAUUGGUCUAUCCGGAGAAUUGUAAGCUUUUUUUUUUUUUUCCUCCCCGUGGUUGGAAUGAAUCCAAGAGGAACUAUCGAGUCAGCUGAGGGAGUCCUGCGUGUCUGUCAUAUGCAGCUUCCCUGACCCACAUUUCCAAACCUCUCUCCACUCGCAUUCCGCGCUGCUCCUCUCCGGGAACGAACGUUCUUCACCCCUAAUCCGGAAAAUAUCACAAGGCCACCCCUCGGUGGUAUAACCCAGAAGAUGCAGCCACAGGGAACUCCAGACGUUCAGUAUAGCAGAUGGAAUGACAGCAACCAAGAUGAAGUGAGCGUCAACACAACUCACUUGGAAGUUCCAACAUGGAGAAGGGUCUACAACAUGCUGUGUACCGGAAAGAUUGGGAUCGCCAUGAAAGUGAUCGGGGGUCUUGCAUUGUUCUGGAUCAUUUUUAUCAUCGGAUAUGUCACAGGCUAUUACGUCCAUAAAUGUAAACAACAGUGACGCUCGCUCUAUAAGAAUUCCUUUGUCCAAAUUCAAGAAGAUUAAACAGAGAACCCCCCCCCCCAGAAGCACCUUGCACAACUUUUAUGGAAUUCAAAAAUGUUAAAACACAUUUAGAUGAAAUGUAACGAAGUAUUUGAAAUCUUGUCGUCGUCUGAAAUAAGAGAGAAAAGGUGGAAAAAAACAAGACUUUUUUUGUAACUAUUAUGGAUAAGAAAAAAAAGCUGUGAACGUAUUUACACUCCACUGAUCGAC